AUGAGCAGUUCAGAAAUACAAUCAGAUUCUGAAGAUCUAAUCUAAGGACAAAAAGAUUUUGAUUUCUAUGCUGAUCUCUUGAAUCCUGCUGAAAAGCUUAAAAAAAGAAUUCAAUAAUCAACAUAGAAUCAAAUUAAUAAAUUGGUCAAAUCAUAAAAAUUAAAUGAAAAGACUUAGAAGAAAUCUAAACAAUUGGUUUAAAAGGUUAAAAAUGAAGAAGUCUAAGAGAAUGUUAAACCUUAAUAUGAUCCCAAAAUAUUUGCUACUAACACUGACUUCCAAUAAUUGAAACUAAACAAAUCAUUGGUUAAAGCUUGUCAUGAAUAGGGAUACAAAUAUCCUACUAAGAUCUAAGCCUAAAUCGUUCCAUUGGUACUAGCUGGAAAGGAUGUUCUAGCAAGUUCAUGUACAGGCUCAGGGAAAACUGCAGCAUUUUUGUUGCCCUUAAUGCAAAGAUUCGGAAACACUAAAAGCUAAAAAUACUCAAAAGCCUUGAUUGUGAUGCCCACAAGAGAAUUAGCAUUAUAAUGUUUCGAGAUGUUUUAGAAAUUGAAUCAAUUUUCACAUUGUACUGCUGCCCUUGUAAUUGGAGCUGUUCCCAUCCAAUAACAAGAAGCAGAAUUAAGAAGAUACCCUGAUAUCAUUAUUGCUACUCCAGGGAGGAUAGUUGAUAUAAUGAAAAAUUCAUUUAGUAUUGAUUUAUCAAGUAUCGAAGUACUUGUCUUAGAUGAGGCUGAUAGAUUGAUGGAAAUGGGAUUUGAAGCAGAAAUUAAAGAAAUCCUAUAAUAAACACCCAGAGAUAGAUAAACAGUAUUAGUAAGUGCAACACUCAAAGCUACAGUAAAAUAACUUUCAUUAUUGGCUCUCCAUAAACCAGUUAAGGUUAGUGUUGAUUAUGUUGAUGGUUUAGCCUAUGGUCUGAAGUAAUAUAUACUUAGGAUAGAUUCUGAUGAAGAAAAGGAUAGAGAAGCUACACUUAUUGCCUUGUUACAAUAGAAAUUCAUCGAAAAAACUAUUAUUUUUGUUAGAACUAAACAUGAUUGUCAUAGAUUGCAAAUCCUUUUAGGUCUCAAAAAUUUAAGCAGUUGUGAGUUGCAUGGAAAUUUAACUCAGCAAUAAAGAAUCCAAGCAUAUGAAGAUUUCAAAGAAGGAAAGUUCUAGUAUUUAUUGGCUACUGAUCUUGCUGCCAGAGGAUUGGAUAUUGCUAAUGUUAAGGCUGUCAUCAAUUUUGAAAUUCCUUAUGAGACUUCUAGAUAUAUUCAUAGGGUUGGUAGAACUGCUAGAAUUGGAAAUCAAGGUGUUUCAGUGACAAUCUGUUUGAAAAAAGAAGUCUCUUAAUUUAAGUAAAUGAUUAAGGAGUCUAAAUAAAAAUUAUUUAAAUUGAAUUUCAACAUCGAAUCUAUAGAAGAAAUUAAAUCUGACCUUAAAUCAUUAGAACCAAAAAUUAAAAAGAUUAUAAAAGGUGAAGUAUUUGAAAAAGAAAUCCAUUAAACUGAAAUUCUAGCAUAAAGGGCAUAAAAUUUGAUACAACACAGAGUUGAAAUCAUGAGGAAACCUAAAAAAGAAUGGAUUUAAUCAGCCUAGUAAAAGAAACUAAGAAAUCAAAUUUAACAGGAGGAAGAUGAUUGA